CAUGGCGGCAAGGGAUGCGCUAAUUUUCGUGAGAAGUGAAAUGACUGGUGAUCAAUGAUUUUUUGGAAGAUGUCGUCGUUGAAGUUUCUCUCUAACUGUCGAUAUAUCGCGUCACCAUUUACGAAUGUACAAGAUCUUUCCUGGAGGCUGCUUAUGAGGAAAUUCGGUGUACAUCUGUGCUUUACGAAUGCUGUGAAAGCGUUGGACGUAAUACAAGAUGCUGAAAAUACACGAGACAAUUUACUUGGUAUUUCAGCGUUGAGGCAGGAGGAUCGACCAUUGAUUGUUCAGGUACAAGAUUAACUUAAGUAGAGAUUGAGGUCUCCUCCAGUGCAUGGCCACUUAUUUCUUGAUCUUACAUGAACCACGAUAACUAGUCUUCAAGGCAUGUUCUUGAGUGUCUUUGUAAACAUUCUGACUUGAAAAUCGCCAUUUUUUGGGUGUACACCUGUAGUUGUUUUCAGAAGAACCUGAAAUUUUAGUAAAGGCAGUGAAUGGAUUGGAGGGCCUUUGUGAUGCUGUCGACAUCAGUAACAACUUUACCACUGACAGUUUGAGUGACCUCCCCGUUGACAAACAGCAUGACAAGUGGAGCUCGUGGUUGAGUUGUAUUCAGAGAGUUCACCAAGAGUGUAAAAUGCCUAUUAUGUGCAAGCUUCCUUUUAAUUGGCAAACAACUGACGAUCCUAUCCCUUAGAGAACUCGCCGAUUCGUUAGAAUCACAAGCAGACCUCGCUUUGUCUACAAUACUCUGGCAAUUUAUCUCUGCUUUGUAAUGCUUCUUGUGUGAAUCAACCACUGUAUUGUAGCAUCGUUGAAUAACAAAUGUGGCAACACCGAGGAAGAACACUGCAAUUAAUCAAAUCAAUUUUGGAGAAAUAACAAUCAUCAUGGCGGGAAGAAGCAAAAUUUUUAGUUCGCCUAUACUUUGGUUUCUUUUUGGCUUUUCUCUGUACAUAUUGGCAUGUUUAAGUGGCAAAGAUGCACACAUCGGACUAGAUAUGCGCCUCGUCAAAGUAAACAAGCAAAGCUGGGAUAAUCAUUGGUUUUUGAAACCGAUAUCUUCCAUUUUGUUUCGACUCAAUAUCCGCCAUAUUGGAUUCGUGUGGAAAGCUCGAGUCAGAUUCAGGAAUUCGAGAGUCAACUACUACAGCAACUCCGAUGCAAGCUUCAACUUUGAAUAUUUACAACUAUGUGGCGACAUAUGUCCUAACCGGGGCCUGCUUCCCCUCUGUUUGAUGCACUUCACGUGGUGAGAGACAAUGGAAAGCAAGGAGUAUCCAUCGGUCACUCGAACGUGCGAGGCCUCCGUAAGAACCUCCCCUCAAGUGAAAAUACUUUUACAGCAUACCAACCUGGAUAUCCUAACCAUUUCUGAAACGCAUCUGACACAAGAUAUAAGCGAUAACGAAGUAAACAUCGAUGGAUACCGAAUUCUGAGAAGAGAUAGGUCACACAAAGUAGGAGGCGGAGUCGCUAUUUACUUUAACAUUAGCCUAGAUUGUGUACGUAUAUCCAAAUAUGACAACGACGGCAUUGAAGCUCUCUGGAUUGAAUUGAAAGCUCACUCGCAAAGAUUACUUGUGGGUUGUGUAUAUAUAGACCUCCUGACGUUACAUCUUUCUUUGAUGAAUUCAACCAAGUAUUGAGUACAAUUUGGAUGUCUCGCAGGAAUGUUGUGAUCGCUGGUGACUUCAAUUCAGAUCAGCUUGCUACUAAUGGAAAUGGUGCGAAAUUCAAACGCAUCUUACAAUCUUAUAACUUUUGUAACAUCAUAAAAGCACCCACAAGAACCUCAGCACAUUCUAACACUUUGAUCGAUCUGAUUUUGACUAUCAAUACCUCAAAGGUCUCAAAGUCUGAUGUGAUUGAGUAUUGCAUAGCUGAUCACAAAUUCAUCUACGUUAUCUACAAGCUGAAGAUCAGGAAUCCAAAGCCUUUUAUUAAAUAUGUCCACAACUUCAAGAACGUGUUGGAAAACCCGAAAGACUUCAAACAUGACCUGGAAAGUGCUCCCUGGUGGGUCUGUUCCACCUUUGAGGACUUGGAUGACAUCACUUGGGCUUGGAAUUGCAUGUAUAAUAUUAUUGCAAGCAGUCACAUUCCCUUACGUAAAGCCAAGGUUAGAAAAAAUUCACUACCUUGGAUGAACAGUGAGAUCCGGAAAGAGAUGAAUAAGAGAUAUAAACUUCUGAAAGCCUGUGAUGGCACACCCGCUACUAAUAAACUCUGGGUUGAUUACAAAUCCUCUAGGAACAAAGUAUCUAAGAUGCUACGACGUGCUGAAGCUCAAUAUUGGAAAAAGAAAUUUACAGAGACCAAGGACUCAAAAUCUUUCUGGAAAACUGUGAACGAGGCCACUGGAAAACCUAAGAAUAAACAUAUUGGCCCCCCAGAGAUGCUGAAAAUAAGGAAAUCACAAAUGACUACGAGAAAGCUGAACUGAUUAACUCUUACUUCAUAAAUAUUGGCAAGGAACUAGCUGAAAAAUUCCCCGAAGUUGAUGAUCCCCAUCAAUUCAUGUACAGAGUUACCCCCACUGUGCAGGUCUUGGAGGUCAACAUCAACAAACUCAAAACUGAUAUCAAGACAAUUAAAAUUAACAAAGCAUCUGGUCCUGAUGGCAUCUCUUCUCGUAGCUUAGCUAUUGCAGGAACAUCCGCCCUAGAGGGCAUUGUAACUGUUUUCAAGAGCAGCAUGGCUCAGUCCAGCUUCCCUAACACAUGGAAGAUUGCAAAAGUUAAUGCAAUCUUUAAAAAGGAAACCCAGCAGAUGUUUCAAAUUAUAGGCCAAUAUCACUUUUAAAUAUCCCCAGCAAGCUGCUCGAAAGCCAGAUCUGCAACAUAAUUGAUACCCAUCUGAACAGCUGUGGCAUAAAAAGCUGUAAACAGUGGGGUUUAGCAAGGGACUAUCAACUGAAGGAAUGCUUACCUCUAUGACUGAAGGAUGGAAGACAGCAAUUGACAAUGGUCUGACAGUUGGAGCAGUCUUUAUUGACUUCCAGAAAGCUUUUGACACUGUCCCCCAUUAUAUUUUAUCGCAUAAACUACACGCCAUUGGAAUAUCAGGAUCUCUUCAUGAAUGGCUAAUGAGCUAUCUUACUGAUAGAUGUCAAUUUGCUGAAGUUAAUAAUUGCAGGUCGGUCACUGACUAUGUGCGAUAUGGAGUCCCUCAAGGCUCGCUUCUUGGCCCCCGGCUCUACACCAUAUAUGUUAAUGAUCUCCCUGACCACAUCGACUCGGGAGAUCUAUACAUGUAUGCAGAUGACACUACAGUUUACUGUAUUGGACCAAAUGUUGACCAGGUUAUGUUGUCACUAAAUAAAUCAUUGGAGCAAGUUCUCCUGUGGAGCAUUAAGAAUCAGCUAACCAUCCACCCAAUUAAAACUGAAGCAAUGAUACUAAGUAAAACCUCUUUUUGUUGGGCCUAUACCUCCCUCCACUUUAACACUGGCCAUAUCGACCUGGUUAAUUACACCACUUGUCUUGGAGUUAAAAUUGACAAUAAGCUGACAUGGUCUGUGCACAUUGACUCAGUGAAGAAAUCUUUUACGCAGAAGGUUGGAGCGUUGAAGAGAAUGAGAAUCCUUCCGAAGAAGGUUCUCGAGGAAAUAUACUUUAAAAACAAUUAUCCCCAGUGUAACGUAUGGAAUUUCGGUAUGGGGAAAUUGUUCUCCUUCCGCACUGAACUCUCUAAACCAUAUUCAUGCAAGAGCAGCUCGUAUUGUGAAUAACCUCGACUCAACGAUGGCAGAUGACACAUGUCUCAUGAAAUCCGACUGGCUGCCCAUCUCUUACUUCUAUAAAAAAUCUGUACUGUUCCUCUUGCACAAAGUAUAUUUUGGAACAACGACCCAGUCGAUAUGUGAACUGUUUUCUAAAAGAGUUUCUUCUAGAUCUUCUCGUGUUCCUAACCAAUUUAAUGUCAUUAGAUUUAGAUCAGAGACCGGCAGGAACUCCCUACGAUACAGAGGUCCUGUUAUUUGGAAUUUUGUAAAUAGAUUAGUUAAAGUACCUGAAAGUUUUUAUUCUUUUAAACAAAUCUUACGUAAACAUGUUAAGACUAUUGACAAUUUUUCAUUUGAGAAAGAGGCAACAGUAGUUGCCAACAGAAAGGACCAUUUCAUUUACUUUUAGAUUUAUAUGUUAGUCUUAGUGAACACCAUUUUAUUUGUAUAUAGUAGUUCUAAGUUAUUAUUGCAAUUUUUUUUAUAUAUAUGUAAUUCCUAAUAUUUAGUAUAGUAGGUCCACAUCAGCCCUUUGGCUGCCUUUCACACAACCUACUUAUCAAAUAAAGAAUGUAUGUAUGUAUGUAUGUAAGCAGUUGAGAGGGGUAAAUCACUCCAUAAGGUUGGAUGUGAGGUAUGAUAAUUUUAAAGGAAUUGUGUAUCAUCAAAUGAAGCUGUGAGUUGAUUUACUAUUUAGUAUUAUUAAACAAAGCCCUUUCUAUGACAACUGAAGGGGAAAACACACGUGUACACUGCAUGAUAAGUUCAAUUUGAAUUUAGCUAUCCAUUCCCAAAAAAAAAAAAGUAAUCAAAUAUGACAAAAAGCAGUGUGACAGUUUUCGAUUAAAAAAAAGGAAAAAAAGGAGCCUUUUCCCUAUUCCCACACUUUCAAGUAGGAUAUUGCACUCUGAAAAUGUUUUUUUUGGGAUAUCCUGCACUUAUUUAUUUGAUUUACUGGUACUAACAUAUUUAACCAUAUAAUGUUAUAAAUGUUGGGUUAAAUGACGAUUGUCUUGUCUUGAUGAAAACAAAAUUAUACAUUACAAAAAAAAAAAACAAACAAACAAACAAACAAACAAAAAACUGUCUCAUUUUAGUGAAAAAUGCUUAAAACCCAAAGAGGCUAUAUUAACCCUAGAAAUUAAGUUAUUUUCAUCUGGCCAUAUAUUAUGGUCACAGUCACCAUUUUCAAAGUCCCAUAAGCGAAACUGGAAGAUGCAGUGCUUCAAUGGCUGGUGUAAUGGGCUCAGGAUUGAAAGAUUAUAGGGUUCAAGUCUUGGUCAUAGUCUCUGUGUCAUGUCCUCUGGCAAGGUACUCUUCUUUCAAACCACUUCUCUCCAAUGCAGAGUAUAAAAUUAUGACUCCCAAACUUCCAGAUAUGUGUAUGUAUAUAAACAUUUUGUAUGCGUGAUGAAGUGGUGGGGUGUUACCCACUAUGGACUGAUAUUUUGUCCAGAAUGAGUACUCAUGUUUUAGAACCUGUGAUAAGCUCUCACAGCUAUUUAAGUUAGUGUUAUUUAUAUGUAGCCUUUUUGCCACUUAUUUUACACAUACAGUCAGAUAUUAUCUCAGCCUUUAGCUUAACCCUUUAACUCCCAAGAUCUCAUUAGUAAUUCUCCUUACUGUCUGCCAAAUGAUUUUCAUUAUGUUAGUUUGGAGAACUUGGUAUUAGAUCAAUUAGUGAUCCCAUAAUUGAUAUUUUUCUUUGUUCUAAUCACUUGUCUGUAUGAUAUUGUAUAGAUAUAGUAAGGAGAAAUUCUGUCUUGGUCACUCACAGGAGUUAAAGGUUUGCGUUACAGGUGUAAGUCUGCCUAGCUUUUUUGAUUUGUGUUUUACUAAUUUACAUUUGACCAAUUUUAUUUUUGUAAGCUUUUACUACUCCACAAACACAGUGCAGAGAAGAUUAAUGCCAGUAUUUCUAAGAAGGACUGGGAUUCAGUCAAAGUAAUCCGGUGAGAGCUUAAUUGGUGUUUUCUAUCAAUCUCUAGAAUAUAUGUCUGUCUGAGCUCUUGACUAUGAGUUGUUAGCUGUGGUCACACUACAGACUUUAACUAUAGGGAAAUUGACUUACAGAGGACAAAUUUCCUGAAUUCACCCAUGGUAAAUCUAUCUUGGGUUUCAAUUUCCCAAGAUCAGAAGGUAACACCAGCCUUUGUCACUGGUUUCUGGGUACAAUACAACAAAACAGCAAAAUAUUUGGGGUGCAAAUCACAUUGUAAACAUGCUUGAACUCAAGAAUAUAAAUGUUUUUUUCUCUAAAUUCUUUUUAAUUUUUACUUUUUUUUUUCAAGGAGCAUAGCAUAGAGUUGUUUUUCUACAAAAUUUAAUUGUUGGUGUGCACAACAAGGGUGACAAGCCAUAUCCCUAGCCAACAACUGUGUCAUCAUCUCUUGAAUGUUGGCUGAUUCUAGGACAAAAAUUAAUAUUUUGAUUGGGAACAGAUCUCAAAGAUUUUGAACAUUGGAAGAAAAUGGUGGAAUACUCCUAAAAUUGAGAUUGAUACAAUAUCAAUUGAAAUUUAAAUCACAUGAGAGUAAUAAAUCAUGCUAUCAUAUGAUAUGGAAAAGAACGCAUUGCAAUUUUGGGGUUUCAAGUUCCCAUUCUGUUACUCUAGGGUUGCUGUCAUGGGGAAACCUUUUGUUUUCCUGAUGGAUCCUAGCUCCGUAAGCUAAAAUUUCCCAGAGGUAAUUUACCUUCAUAAAAAUUGGUCAAACCAGCAAAUUUAAGUUUCUCAUGGGUGGACUGUCAUCAAGUUGGUAGUGUGUAACCACAUCUAUUAUUGACUAUUUUUCAGAGAGUCUGUUUCCCUUCCAAUAAUUGUUGAUGUUGGUUUAUCCUCUAAAUGGGAAGUCGAUGAAUGUAUAGAGUACACAGGAGUUCAGGGUGUGACUGCCUCAGGUAAUGCUUCAAAGUAGUUCUGUCCUUGGGAUGUUAAGUCCACAUGUACAACCAGCGGCAAAAGUAGUUGGCAAGCCUCCCCUUAUUAGGAGGCUGUCAACCCAUCACUCAACGUAAUAAACAGAGGUCUUGUAAUUCAUCUUCAAUUUGUUACUUGAAGGUCCCCCUUUUCCCUCCAAACAAUGUUGUAGGAAAUUAGUGUCCAUUUUGUGAAUACCAUGAAACAUUGAAAUGGGGCAGAGAGGGAGUGAAAGUUUACAGAAAAAAUUAAAAAAGUAUAACAUGUGCCAUGACUCUUGCCACUCACUGUAGUUAGGAAAAGGCUGUGAAUAAUUUGACCCAUAAGUAGCGCAAAGGAAACCCCAUAUCAUUACUCAUUAAGGACAGGUAGACGUAACUUGUGUUUUGUUUAUCAAGAUUGUAUUUUGUCCAAAUUUUUUAGAUGCAUGUAACUUUAUGUGAUGCUCAAGUGACUCAGCAUAUACAUGUAGCUAUGGAAUGUUACAGCUUAAUACAUAAAUGUUCUUGUUAGACUUCAAUUUCAGCUACAACCUUUUACCUAGGUAGCAGAUUUGAAUAUUGCGUUCUUCAAGCUUUUUCCUUUCUUCUGCCAUUAUUGUUAUUAUUUUUUUGUUUUUCUUAAGAGUCUUUGGAAGGUAACCCAUCACUUUUCUGUAAGAAACAGCCUCCAGUGUUAGAUGUGGUCAGGCAGUACUUGGAACUUUGCAAAGUCCAUCCUACAUCCAUUUCUAACAUCAAACAUCAUAUCAAUGGAUUUUGUGGAUUUUAGUAAGGAAACGAAAAUCCAUUUUUUUUAAUCAAUUUUUUUUUACAUUUUGUAUCUUUUUGGUCAAGCAAUAAUAUUGUAAUGAUCAUGUCACUGGAUAUUUUCCUUGAUAAUUUGUACUUGUCUUUAGUUUAACCCUUUUGCUUCCAAGACCCAACUUGAAAUUUUCCCUUCUGACUGACUUACAUUUUCUUGAGAAUUAGACAGGAGAAUCUGGUGUGAUAUCUAGAUAACACCCUCCAGAUGAUAUCUUGGUUCUUGCAACCUGUCAUCCAGAUAACAUAUUUGAAUUACAAAGAGAAAUUACAUGUUUAUCACUACUAGGUGUUGGAGAGUUAAGCAGAGCCCUGACAUUUUUUUCGUACUAUGUUUAAAAAGUCUCAGUAGGUUUCAUGAUUUGAGCACCAGCCUUAAAGAGGUACAGAGCUUAGAGGGCAUUGAACAGCUGAUGGAGGAAUUAGGAGAAAAUAUUUCUAAGCUUUCUGUAAGUUUUCACCAGAAAAAAGUACUAAAUUAUGUUUUUUUUUUCAUAAUUAAUAUUCCUCUUGAUUCCUUUUCUUCGCUGAAUUCCUUCGCUUUUGACACUUACGCAGAUGCAGAUGUAACUUAUAUAAGUAGGAAGAUGCAAGUGACUGUGUAGUUUUGUCGUACAGUUUAGGCAGGCGUAAGAUACAAAACCAAACCCUCAGUAGACAUCCCUCUUAAGCCUCCAACAAAUCAAUCCAUUAAUCAUUCAAUUAGUCAAUCCAUCCAUCAAUCAGCCAUUAAAGCAUAAACAGCCGAGAAACGUCAGCUACUGCAGUGCCUCUCAACAGUACGUUGACAGUCUCGACUGAAACUCGAUCCUCGACGAUUGAGAGUAGAGGCUCAGGGAGCGAGAAUCGAGAAUCAAUGAUCGAGGAUCGAGACGCGCGAAGAACUUUUCGAGAUACUCGAUCGGAGAAAACGAUUUUAUUCUCGCAUGUAAAACAAUAGCAAUUUAAAGGACAGAGCGCCACACACGCGGCUUUAUGACACAGAGGCCACUCGUGUACAACACGGACGACGUCAGUUUUCCUUGGUUUCGGAAUUACGUGUACCAACAAGUCUAAAACCAACCAAUAAAAAUGUAAACAAUCACAUUCCCACGGACACCGUGCUUUGAGGUUCACUAAUAUUGCGUUCGUUGUUGUUAUCGACGAGACCGUAAUACUUACAAAAAAUAAUUUUAAAUCGAAGAUAUCUUGCUAAAUUGCAAUGACUGUAUGAAGAAAAAUUUAACCAAUUGCACAGACAACAUUUCCUUGCAUAAGCACCCACGCUCCAUUAAGCGCCCUUGCCCCCACUUGGGCAUAAUGUCAAACAAGCACCCCUCUUUAAUCAGCGUUCCUUCCUCCCUCUCUUUCUUAAAUAGUAGGGAUACAAGGUAAACUUGUUUUUAAUGCCACCUUAUUUAUACCUUUUUAAGGUUUAAUUACAGCGGAAUCAGUACGGGAGAAUAAUAAGCGCCCCUCGAUUAAGCGCGCCUCUUCAGAUAAGCAGUAAUACGGUACAUCAAUCACGAUUACUGUAGUAUGUCGCCGUGACGUCACCAUCUCGUUCCCCAGACGCGCAGACAAACAAGCUUAUUGACGAUUGUACAGCAAAGAUAUAUUUCCCCACUCUUGUUCCUGUCGAGCCGCGUGAAGAAAAACUAUCGAGAACAUUUACUGUCAUAAAUGCUGUUUAGUUUGCAUAGUUUGCUUUCUUUUACAACACAGGGAAAAGAAUUAAAGUCUCUGACAAGCCUGAGAAGGAAGAAGGUAAUGAUUUAAGAUUUAUUUGCACGUUAUUGUAAAAAUAUUCUCUAAGUGGUUCACUUUGCACAAUAAAUACUCUCUUUUCUUGUCAGAAAAAAGCUGCUUGUAACAGUAAGCGCUUUUAACUUUCAGGAGUGGAGAAAGCGAGGACGAGACAGAAAGAAGGAAGAGGGGACAAAAGUUGUAAAAGGUGCAGUAGCCAAAAAAAACAAAAAACACUAAAAGAACAAAGGACAUUGGAGCGCUUUUCGAUUGAAAGUUGUGAAACCAAAACCAAAUCAUUACAAUGGCCAAUCAGAAGAAAGGAAAAUACCCUGAAGAGCCAAUGAGAACUCAAAAUGAAACCAACCAAUAUGUCCAAAGCCCGGGAAAACUCUACAGACCAAGUCGUGAUUGGUUUUAGUUUUGCAUCUGAUUGGUUGAGGGGGUGACGCGAGUGUUUCUGGUCCAAUCACCGAGGGAAGUAAAUAGAAACAAAGGCAAUCUCGGAUUACGUUCGACGCCCAUCGACUUUGACAAGGGCAUUGUAACAGACGUUUGUCACCAUAUUGACCGUGUAACUUAUAGAAGUCCGUAGUUAUCCUUUUCCCUUCAGCGGGGCAUUUGAUGGGAUAUCUUGUUUUCCCUUCUUUGAAAUGAUGAAGAGAUUAUUUGCGUAUUACUCGUUGUUGAAACAACGGUUUGAGAUCUGAGUAAAACAUGAACUUCGCCUUACUACCAGAAGGCAAUUUUGUCUGAAAAACAUUUCAUGGACAUACCAUGAAUGUCACAUAAACUUAUGCCUCAGCGCCUGAAUUUCGGUACUAGAUCUGGCCAUAAGGAUUUUCUUGAAAUUGACUCUGUCAGCGACUUUCAAUUCUGAUUGUGUGUGUUGUGCAGGGCAGAUUCUGAUGUAUCUCCAUUUUGCUUUUCCUUUUCUUAAUCUAGAGAGAGACGAAAAUCACAUCCCAAAAAUUGUAUUAAAAAAACUUCAGAAAGAGCGAGUGGGAAACGCAAUGAAGUCUGAUGCUCAGAGAGUGGCCAUUGAUUUUACCGUAAUAGACUGUAUGCUUAAUAAGGUGAGAGCAUGUGACGAAAUGACCAUUUAAGUCGUCUUGUGUGUCAAUUAUAAUCAGCGUCAAUAUUCAUCAUUUUGGCUCAGAAACUGAUGUUCAUUUUACGAUAAUAAUCUUUAUUUUCUUUUGUCGUCAAACUGAGAAUGAUAGCUUCACACGUCCAUGCGCAGUUUCUGGAGAAUUCCCCAUCAUUUGUCGACUUAUAGUUAACCAACUCUACUUUACAGAGAUUUUCGAACAUAAUAUGCCAAUUUCUAUGAUGAUUCGACUGGUGUCUUCAACUGAAGAAAAUUAUGGGUAGCAAGAGAGGAUGAAGUGUAGCUAGUGAACAGGAAAAUUCCCAUUUUCACACGACAUUAACUAUUGUAACAGGAAAUAUCCAAACUCGCUGGUCAAUUAAUGCGACUGUAUGGUUGCAAUAUGAAGUCGACGUCUCCAGUUCACCUUUACCUGACGGGACUGGAAACCGGCGGUGUAGUGUACCGUGAAUGUGAAAGACAGUCGUUCGACUUCACUAAGAUAUUGGUAAGUGAAUCCCGAAUUCCUGCCCUUGUAAUACAAUUGAAACGAAAACGAUGGAAACUCUCUCAUGAAAAUGCUGGAUUAAGCCCGUGAUUCCAUUCGGUGGAAUCGCCGUUCAGGGAACAAUGUCGGAACUGAAAAAGUUUCUCUUGUAGGUAGGUGUCCUCAAUCAACACAACAGUUACAGGUUAUAGGAGCAUUCUAGUUUUCAGUCGGAAGAACUAUAGUACCAAGGAGACACGGGUUCGAAUUCUGUCGAUGCCUGAAUUUUUUCAAGCUUCUUUAGUGCACUUUUUUCUUCAUGAAGUUCACUUACUAGGAUCGUUUCACAGGGAUUAGGAAGGCCGUGCGCCAUGCGCGUAUGGCGCAUAAAGCUACGAAAUGGCCCAUUAUAAAAAUACUUACCGGGCCUGUGAUGCGCCCUGACCACACAAAGCUAGUGAAAUAUAAACUAUUUUGUGAAAAGGAUUUUCAUUUGUAAAAGUUUCACUUUGGUGAGACAUAAACAAGCGAAAAACUACGGUGCCCUCGCUCGUUUGAUCACGCUCGCUUCAUUAUUGUUCCCAGAUCCUGAACUCGGACUUUGCAUGCAAACGAGGCUAUUGCUCGGAGUUCCAUGUGCUUUCGUUUUCAAGCAGAGUUCGAGCGUUUUCGUCGCUUUGAAUGUAUUUGCAUCGAUUAGCCUCAUGCCUCCGAAAAAAAUCUUGAGAUUGGACAGCUCGCAGAGAACGUUGUCUACAUUUUUCAACACAACAGCGGAGCAGAAUCGUGAUACUGUGAGCGAAAACGACCGUGAAACGGACGAAACAGAUGGUUCAUAGGUAUAGACUGUAAUACACAAGCAAUAAACCGUUGUUAAAUUUUUACUGGCCCAUUUAUUUACCCUAAUGGCCCAAACGUUUUAUAAAUGGCCCAUAACUUUCCAAUGAUAGGGGCCAUAGGCUCAUUUGCCUGUUAAACCUUCCUAAUCCCUGUUUCAUCACUCGCAGGUUCUUCAUAGUACGACUCAAGAUUUAACUGUUAUUUCGUUUUCUCAGGCGAGCGUGUCAGAGAAAAGCUAUUUGACUUUGUUUGACGCUGACGAUGUCGUGUAUUUGACACCAGACUCACCAAAUGGUAAGAAUCUUUAAAAAAGUACACUUUUGGUUCCACAAUAUGCGAGCUGUAGGUGAAUUACGGCCAAAUCUGCCGAACUGUAAGCCUAUCAAUUCUCCCAUCUCCAACGAUAGACUUCGCCGUCGGAGUUGCCGCCUCCGUAGCAGCGAUAGUUACCACCGAUCAGUCGCACCUUUACGUACAGUGGCCACUGAGCUGUCCCACCCGUGACUGACACGUUAGGCUAUGUCACGGUCUCUGCAAUAGUUACCACGCCGCUUCUUGCACUUUCCCUCUCUAACUGUUUUUUUUUCCCGUAAAUUUUUUGUUUGUCGUAAGGGAUCAAAGCCUCGUCAUUUCAAGUAGGAAUUAAAAGCGACCUCUAACAAGCCCUUAACCUCAUCCUCGAACCAACGAAGGCAAACAAAUGCUCUCAUUUCAGGCGGUAGAUCGGUCAAGACAUUCCUUAUUAUUGGAAAGACCUCUAUACAUUCUCUUUUGAUAGAGAAGUGAAUCGUAAUUUGUGGUCAGAAAAACGUCAUAAGUAACUUGAGUGGAAAUUCUAGUUUCUGUCAUACGAUUUAUUGGUACUUUAAAUAUUUUUCUGGUUUCUUUCUCUCUUACUGCUCUUUUUGAUAAAAAAAAAGAAACUGACUCAGUUCAAAUGAGUCGCUCUGACGAAGGGCUAACGCUCGAAACGUCAGCUUUUUCACUUUUUACGGUGGCCAAUUUACGUUUUCGACUCAGUUGUUAACACUAAAUUACCUGCUAUACUCUCCCACCGACGCAGCACCACAGUUUCUUCAGAAACUUAUCCCCUUUAUUCAGUUCAAACGAGUUAGCUCGAAAACUUCACAGUUCCUGUAGCCUCUAGGCUCCAGUAAUGAUUAAAGUAUGCUUUUUAAAAUGUUGACGGUUAAUUAUAAAAGUUUUAUUAAUUAUUCAUUGUAUUAACUCUUUGUGAGCGAUAAAAGAUUUGUUUUUUGUAUAUGAACAACGUUUUGUCCUUGAAAUUUCAGUGCUGGAUCAACUUAACAAAGACAAAGUCUACAUCAUUGGCGGACUUGUAGAUCAUCAAGUGCGGAAGGUAACACUCUGUCCACACCCUUCGAUCUGAAGAGUUAGUCAGCUUCUUUUCUCCUGUCACCAUGAGAGCAUUAUCUAGCUGCUUGAUAAAAAUGAUCAACCUGGCCCCGGUUGUUCGAAGAUUGGAUAGCACUAUCCACUGGAUAAAUCUCUAUCCGGUGGAUAACGCUAUACGUUUUGCUAUCACAUAUAGCGAUUUAUCCGUUGGAUAGCGUUAUUCACCCUUUAUACAACUGGGCUCUGGUUGAAUUGUUCCAACGUAAUAACAUUUUUUCGGAUCCUUCACAGGAGGAUUUGCUAUUCAGAUCGUUGAAGUGAAUGGGUUCAGAUUAAAACUGCUUGGAAGUUAUUAUUUGGUUGUCAGCUGGAAGUUUAUGUAGAGUUGGAUAGACCGCCGAAGGGAAUAAUAAACAGCUGAUAUUUCAAGUGUCACGCUUGCAUUUGAGGAGCGCGGGGUUUUGUAGAUUGUAUAUGUUAUCGGAACAAUUUUCAAUGGAAUGUCGACAGUAUUCCGGGGCUGCUUUGUUUCUCUUUUAAUUUGCUUUGUGAUUGGUCCAGAAAACUUGCGCCACUCUCUUAACCAAUCAGAUGCAAAACUAAAACCAAGCACGUCUUGGUCGCUAGCGUUUCCCGCGCUUUAAGCUGUUUGCUUUGGGUUCUCAUUGGCUCCCAAAGGUAUUUUCCUUUCAUCCCAGUGAUAGGACGUUUCGAUUACUUUGGUUUUGAUUUUACAACACUCAAUCGAAAAAGCUCUCUAUAUAGUGGAGAGUAGAUUUAUUAUAGUAUACACGGCCAAGGAUGAUGCACGCAUUAAGUGAUGACAUCAUUUAUUUUUUAUUGAUCAUUUUGAACUAAAUUCACAUUUCCUGAGUUGAUGACACUUUUUAAAGUCAGUAUACUGUGUGUUUGGUUUGCAGGAUAAGACGAAGUCGCUAGCAGAAGAGAAGGGUUUGUGCACAGCGCGGCUGCCUAUCGACAAGUACAUGGAAUUAAAAGACAUUUCGCCCAAGAAGAAAAAGUCCGGAAAGCACGCUUUUUCAAUCGUGCUCAGUGUGAACCAAGGUAGCACCUAAGAAUUCUAAAUCUUGAGCAGACUUGACUGUUACAAAUGUGCUAAUGUGACGGUGAAUUGCUAUUUAACUCUUAAAAUCGAUGCAUUUUGCGGUCCAAUUAUUUGGCAAUAGACACAGACGUGGUGUAACACUGUCAUCAAAGCGUACGGACUGGUGGUCUUGCAGCCAUCUUGUGACUACCAUAUUUCUCAGGUACGCAUGCUCCCAUCGCGCGCCUUGCUCAUAGGAGCUGUUCUCUACUUGCAUCACUUAAAUUGCCUCAAUUUUACUCGUUCGAGUAUUACUGUAAACAUUUAUCUCUCUUUUACAACGCGCCGCAGUGUAUUUAGCUCGGGGGCAAAUAUGACCGAACAAAUUAAUGAGAAAAGUUGCGCAUAUUUAUUAGUCUGAGGCAAACCAGUUGGUUGUUUACAAGCAUAGCUUUGAAUGCCGACUGGGGAUCAUGGGUUGCGCUUUCAGAGUGGUUAUCGUCUGGCCGAGUGGAGAACGGCGAAGAUAAAAAUUUGACCACCACACCAUUCCCGCGAUCGCUUCGUACCGCAAGGUGCAACCUCGUUGCGUGACUAGCCGUUGAUCUUCCGCCGGUCGAUUUGAACGACUAUUCUAGAAACGGGAGCGAACGUGCUUCCGUUGAGGAAUUUUUUCCCUUGCAAUUUGAAUUAGAUUCUAGCUGAUCAGUCUUAUUGUUUUUCUGGUAAACAGCUGUUCGUAGCGUCCAGUUUCUUACGAAAAUUCCACAUCACUUAUUGAAGUGAAAUUCUAUGCGAAAAUCUCGCUAUCGGGGUCGAGUUUUCCCAUAAAAUUUUCCAUUAGACGAGAAGACUUCUUUCAGUUGUGCGAUUCUCAGACGAAAGCGAAUGGAGUCAUUCCCUAACGAGUUUUUCAAUCCGUAUAGUCAUGUUUAAGGUAAUGAGUGAACCUAACGAUGAAUUUCCAUGCUGCGCGUCAGUUUUUUUACGACGUUGCAAGUCGGUGAUUCCCAGUCUUGCAUUGUAGCACUGUGCUCUACACAGUAUGUGUGCGCGGGGAAAACAAUUCAAACCCAAUUAAUUUUAACUUUGAAAUUAAACGGCGAUGUUUUUUUCUUCUUGGAUUUCUUUGUAUUAAGAUCACUUGGUCGCCUGAACUUUUUUUUCCAGAAAAGACUUAAUGUUUUUUUUCCUUUUUUAAAACUGCAGCUGUAUUUGGUUCUUAGUUUGAAAUAUCCAGUUCCACGCUAUCAAUUCGCCCAAGGCCUAGCAGGUGGAAGUCAAUUCUAUCCCCAAGUCUUGCAGUCGUGUAGGAGAUGUUUAAUAGGAUUCGGUUAAAAAAAUGGAGUGUAGUUUGGCAAAUUAUGCCCUAUUUUUAUCAAAUGUGGCCGACAAACACAGAAAGAUCGGCGCAUCACAAUUCGAUACGAUUAAUUCCGUAUCACAUCAGUUGUUACGAUUCUUGUUAGCAAGGGCAUAUUCUGCCUGCAAUCAGCGGGCAUUCCAAUUGGGAAUUAAAAAUGAUAAUUUUUAUUUCAAAGAAUAGUUGUUCGAAACACAACCUAAAAUUGAACGAAAUCGUUACAAUACUUCAGAGGCUGUGUUUGUUGGUGCGCUUGUUUUUCCGGCCAGCGGACGCCCGUAUUGGAGGAUAUCUCACGAUAGUUUGAGUUACGAGUCUCUUCUGCGGCGUGCAGAACUAUAUUCAAUGUGAGGUACACCACAAAAUGUUAGUCAGUUAUUACAGAUAAAGGUCACAAUUGAAAGUAUGACGCUAAAGAAAGAAAGCAGAAAGGGUUACAAAAAUGGAGAGAACGCGGACGCAUACGAAAAAGUGAAAAAAACAGGUUGAAUGUCUUGUCUUAUGUAAGACGUGAGGUAAGCGUUCUCAUCAUUACUGAACAGAAAAGGUGUCAACACCUGCCCUACCAAAAAUGUUUUUUUCUUUCACGCCGCACGCACAUAAAUCAGUGUUAUUUUUAAGGCCACAAAGGCUGAGUUUUUCAAUAAACUUUGUGAAUCUUCCGGCUUUCAGAUACUACAUCAGCAGUUAGAAAUAGCGUUUCCACUGCGCGAUUUUUAAAUAACGUGGGUUACCACGCAACCACUACUGCUUCCAAAUAUAGCUAAUUGCUCCCCUAAACUGGCGGUCGUUAGUUUGUCUUUGACACCUGAACAGAAUAUGUCGUUAAAUCUUUGGUGAAAAGCGACAACCUUGCCACAUUUUCACUCAGCUACCCUUGAUGGUUGCCAGGAGAAUUUCCUCCGUUUCAAGCCGAGCAUAACUUGAUUACAUUAUUAUUUUCUUUCACAAGUUGCUAGGCAAAAUAAGCUUUAUCCAACCAUUCAUACAAAAACAUGUCUGGUCAAAAAGAAGUUCUAGUAUCACUUGGAUUGUUUUUAAAAAUGGAAAAAAAAAAUUGGCAUACUCUUUUUGUCUGUCUGUUUUAUUUUUCAGGGAUGUAUUCCAAAAAACAGAGCAGACAUUUUAUGGUUGUUUGCCUGUUACUAUAAACUGACCGGAAAAUGAGACAAAAUGAUGGUUCCCCACGCCGAUUGUGAAUAGGUUAAACGUUCGCGGCGCCAAGACCAAUGGAUGAAUGAGAUCGAUUAAUUAUUGUUGAAUGGAAGUCUCUUUUAUUUGAGCAAUUCAGACACGACUCGUUUGACAUCCUUAAACUUUAAAAAAACUCAUUAGGAUGCUUAAUGCGAUGGUAGCUGUCAUUUCCAUCAUAGAUACGUCGUGGAGUAAACAUCGAGAGCGAAAGCAUGACCUCUGCCUAUUUUCAUAUAGCCUUCAGUUUUUGUCGAGGUUUUAGAGUCCGACUCUUCUUGUCCUUAAAACUCUGAGACUACAGGACUCGAUACAACUUACUUAUUCGUAGUAAUAGCUAAUUGCUUUUCAGUAAACGUUUCUCACAAAUCAUUAUCAAACUUAAAGGAGCCUGUUUUUACAUACCAUAAUCAUCAGCAAUAUGAAAACUGAAAAUUUAAAUAUUUCAACCCAGUCAGAUCUUUGAAUUACGAAUAUGAACCAUUCCUCUUGUGCUGCUUGGUUCAGUGCGCUAGAUAUUUCAACCCAGUCAGAUAUUUGAAUUACGAAUAUCAACAAUUCCUCUGGUGCUGCUUGGUUCAGUGCGCUAGCCAUCGGUUUUUUAUGAAGCGACUGCGAAGCCAUCUUGAAACUUCUCCUUUUAAAAGGCACUCCAGAUUAAUUUCAAACGCAGUGGUUUUCCAGCCCGAAUUCUCUAAUAAACCAGUCCUUGAUUCUGUCUUCUAAUUCAGGGUAACUCAUUUGCGAUCCUGUCGUUCCCUUGUUCUUCAGCACGUGGCGACAGAAAUUCUCAUUCGGUUCAGUUUUUAAGAGGCUUUUAGGACGCACAUGUUUGGCAAAGAAUUCUGGAAAUAAUGAUUUAGCUGCCAAAUGAACUUCUCUCACACAAGAUUCCGUGUUGGUGAAAGUAUGAGACGAACUGAACGAAUCCAGACUACGGCAGCUAGAGGUGGUGCUGCUUGAAGUAGAGAAGUGUCCAUAAAAUACCUCUUUCUUGAAACUUUCCUUACGCAUUUCUUUUCUAGUUAUCGUUUGCAGUUGGUGAGUCAUUUCUCUGCUGCGAUUUAUGUUGUUGUUUUCUUUUUGGUUCAGAAACUUGACAAUCCUUUCAGAGCAGAGGAAACAAUUAGCAGAUCUGCACACGACAGUUAAAAACUAAUGAUAAUAAAGGAAUAUAGAUCAGCUGUCUCGUUUUUUCUUUUUUUUUUUAAAAAAAAAGGAAAGUUACGUAACAAAUGCUCUAAACAUGUGGCAAAACGCGUGAGUCGCAUAUUAAUUAGAAGCGGAGUCAUUUUCAUAUUCAGCCAUCGAUUACACCGUAUAGCGUUUUGUAGUGUUUCCUGAGAGCGACAUCAAAAUCGCAAGAACCUUUAAACAAUCAAAACGAUUUUUCUCCACAAGAUAGACACUAAAGAGACUCCUUGCACAGGGCGACAUACUUGAACCUCUCUCAGAUAACUGAGUGCAACUGGAUAAAUAUCGUUUGUCAAUUUUUGCAAGACAAAUGUUGUAACAGGACGUUUGCCUCUAGGUAUUCAUUUUUUCUGCGGUGCAAAGCGUCUAGAACGUGCGUUGGAUCGAAACGAAUGAAGACUUCUUUUUAAGUACAUUAACAAAAACCUCUUUUAUUGUUAGCUACCGUGACGUAUACGACCACCCUUUAAACAUGGAACUCAGUGAUGAUGCGGAAAAAAUGAACGAAAGUAAAUGCAAUAAAAAUACGAAACGAUGAAACCAAGAUAAGACGCAUCAAUCAAACCAUGGAAACACUCUCCGCUGCAGGCCAUCUGGUUAAUAAGAAUUUCAGUGUUUACAAACGAGGGAUUGUUCGAUUUUUAACGUUACUGAACCUCUCCAUUACAAGACUGCAAAACAAUUGCUUUAAAGGACUAAUAACAUUCAACAGCGCAGAAGAACUGAAGAAGUGUUAAAAUAAAGGCUACUAAAAGGCGUUAAACAAUACUCUAUAUUAGCAUCUGAGGGGCUUUUGUUAAGAUACACACAUUCUAUACUCGGCCGAAAAUAGAUGAGUACCAUAUGUGUUUUCUGUUCUUUGUGUUUUCCGUCUUUAUUUAAAUAUUUUUUCACCUUUUUUUUAUACUUCUUUCUUUUGAGGUACAUGGUUGUUUAGAACUUAAGAUCUUGUGCAGAAACUGGUUCAGAUUUAGACAGAGAACAUCUCUAAAAGUUCACUUGAAGUAACAUUUUUGCCGAAUAAACGUCUCGAUGCGGACUGAAAUAACAGUUAUAUUCUUCUUGUCACAUUAAACGUGACUUGAUACCCCGAACACAUUUGUAGAGAAACAGCACGUUUCUUGUGAUCAGAAGCGAAUUAAUUUUUGUUUCGUAAACUCUAUCAUAUUUCAGGGUCGUAUUUCAUUUUCAUGGCUGAUUGUGUAAGAGCAAACUUAGUUUAAAACCGAAAGGAUAAAGUAUGGUGAUUAUAAGAUUUUCGUUUUCGGCACUUCGUUAGUUGUUGACUAAGUAAAUACGUGUCGUUCUUUUUACACUGCAGCGCCGACGGUCUAGACAAGCUGGUCAGCGAGUCAGACAUAGGCUAUCGUGUCCCAAGAUGCAAACUACCAAUUUAAUGACAAAAUCAUCCUUUGAAAGGUUGAUCUUGGUCAGCGAGAAGGCCCUCCCCCGCUGAUAAAUCGAACCCUUAUCAAAUCUCGUUGACGAUUGCUACGUAACGAGGGCUGUCGUGUUGGAGGAGAGUGAAAUGUUACCAAGUAGAGUUGCCUAGAAUUGUGUUUGUGUGCUUUGUGUGACUUAGGACAACUAAUCGGUGGACAAGCUGUCGAUCAUUUGUCCAUGCCAUUUUCCAUUUUCUAUGGGUUUCUACUUAAAUCCUUUGAGAUCUUAAUCACAGGCGUAUUUGACUUUAUAAUGUCGUCCGAAACCACAUAUUGUUUCCUUUGGCUGAUCGGUAGAAAUGUGAAAGGCUGCAAACCGAAACUUAUGCAGUCUUCAGUUGCCGUCGUUAACUUACGAACGUUUUAAUGCACGCUUUAUAUUUAUGUAUUCCUCUCCGCAAGAGUUUCAUACAGGUUUUCUUAAUUUCCUUUGGAUUUUUUUAAUGUUUUAUUUAUUACAAAAAUCGUAUCUAUUUGCUUUACGAUUCUACUCGUAGUUUUAAAAGGAAUUAAUUAGACGUUUCAAAGCAGACUGGAGGCAAAGACAAUUUUGUUUUAUCUUAUCGCCAAAUCUUCCUUAAAUACGAGUUACUCAGUAAAGAGUGAUCCUUUCUCUUAGGCCGCUUUUUGAAUGAGUGGCUAAAAAAAAAAAAUCACCAAUGCCAAUCACAACUGAGGAAAAUUUCACAAGGAGUUAAUGAGAAUUCGAAUAAAACCAUGCGAACUGCUCUUAGCGUGGGAAUGAAUAAGUGAUGUGGUCACAAUUAUUAUUAUUCUGGUUGGUAAAGAAGAUGGCAUGUCACCUUGAACGUGUUCAACCAUCUUUUUAGUCCAGGAAGGCAUUCCCUUUUUCGCUAACGUCGGCCGAAUGGGAUUGCAGCUGUGUGUAUAUUUAAGAUAAGCGUAAGUGAUGCAACAGCCUGUAUUGCUUUGAUCGCUUCGAUAGCUACAUCCUCUGUAAAAAACAUUUUCCCAUCUUAACGAUAGCAGUGACAGUCCAAAAGAUAGCAUGUGUCUCACAAAGACCGCUGGACUUUGAUUGCAACAAUUUUGACGAUCAACCAGGCUUAUUACUAAACUGUAAUCCGUUUUUUCUUGUUCUUUCUUUUCAGUUUUUGAGAUCUUGUUGAAAUUUCACGAGACUCAAGAUUGGCGACAAGCUUUAGGGACUUGCGUACCGCAACGGAAAGGACUGGUGUUGAAGACAUAAGCUGAAUAAAGGUUCCGGAUAGGUCGUUUUAUGACAAUUUAACUUUGGUCAUUUAUACGGAAACGCUUCAAAGACCGCUUCGCGCUGAUGUGAUUACGUGAUAGUAAGGAGAACUGAAAUCACGUGGCAUAGCAAACAGUAUGGCAAGACAUGGAAGGCCAACUUGUUUUUUCAACAAAGCCGAAGCAAAAUAACCAGAACGCAAAAGUUCAGAAUUACUGUAGGAGUCUUGUUUAGAGACUGAAGUUUGGACAGCCUUAGCGGAAGAGAUCAUCAGAGUCAAUUGAAGAGUUGUUUGUUAGUCGAAUGUCGUUAAGUCUUGCUCGUGUACACUGAUGUAUUUCGCAUUAAAACUUGGACCCCUAUGAGUGACUAGCAUCUAAUUCCUCCCAACAACAUCACCCCCCGA